CGAUCUCCCGCGACAGACGCUCACGCUCCCUGGUAAAGAAGGACUGGUCAUCGUCAGGACGCGAGACAGACAUGGCGCAGAUGACAGUAUUUGUCUGAUAAAGGUCGUGGGCAACGGCGGCGGCGCGCGACACGCGUCGUCACACGGUGACAAGACGCGCCGCGAUCGCGAUCUCGUCAUUACCUCCACCAUCAUGGACGCGUUACGCGACGAGCUCAAGGAAAAGUUCGGCGACGACCUCGCCAACAAUGACGCGCUCCUUGAAGAAUCCGUGCAGCUCUGCACCCACCACGGCCUCGACGCCGACAGCUUCCUCUGGAAAUGGGAGGCCAUGAAGUGGGAGAUGGGCAAGGACAUCCGCGGGAAGCCGCCCGCCUUCGACGCCGACAAGCUCAACGCCAUCCGCGCGGGCCUGCAUCGCAAGCUCGCGGACGAGGAGCGCCAGCGAGCGAAGACGCGUGCACCUGCAGUGGCAACGAGGGGAGCGGCGCGAGCGCUACCGGGCAUGCGGGCGAUGGGUAUGGGGUCCAGCGGCUCGCGUCCUUUGCCCCCGUUUGCUCAGCGAGGGAGGGCGGCGCCGGUGAAGGCAGAGCCUAUGGAUGUUGAUGUGCCUGUGGCUGGCCCAAGUACGGGUGGGUCGACGAUUGUGGGCACGAGUAGCUCGGCGAGGGCUGCGCAUCUCCACUUUGUGGGCCCGGACAUGAGCGAGGAGGCGAAGAAGGCGAGGGCUUACCGCUACAUGUACUCCACAAUCCAUGACCGCUCCAUCGCCCUCGACGACCGCAUUGAAGAUUUCGUGAACCUUGUCCAAACCCAUUACGGGACAGAACCGCCCGAGGACCCAGCAUCGAAGUCAUCAGACCUCACUCUUGUCGUCGGUCGCGUCACCUCGGACACUGACGGGGCCAAACUUGCCGACAGUACCCUCCGCAUCGAGACUGCGAGGUAUCUCGGCGCUGUGGGCGGGGCACCAUUGAGGCUUGCGGAGGGGUUCAGGGUGGUGGGAAGGGCGUGUGGGGUGGCACAAUCCGCGGUCGACAGUACUUCAGCCCUUUCGCCAAGCGCGCAGGCCGGUGAUGGCAAUGCAGAAACGAACGGAGCGAGUCAGGAGUUAGAAUCCAGCACACCCUCGCAAAAGAAGAGCAAGAGAACGCCCGCACCUAUCGUCACCAUCCCUGGUGCGCCGUUAGCUCUAUUUCCGGGCGCAAUCGUGGCGCUGAGAGGAAGGAAUGGCGCGGGAACGUUCGUAGCGGAGGAGGCGCUGGUGCUUCCCCCGCUCCCUCCACCACCCGGCUACUUCCCUUCUAUCCCUUCCGGCCUCUCAUCCUCAACGCCUUCAAUGACCCCCUCAUCUUCGACACCUUACCCGGCACCCUCAACCUCCUCCGCCCCCUUCACUAUGGCUGUCUUUGCCGGCCCCUAUACAUCAGAUAGCGACCUCAAUUUCGCGCCGUGGCAGAGCGCGCUCGCCGCGCUGCGGGAGGAGGCGGUGGAUGUGGUGGUUUUGCUCGGCCCCUUCCUCGACUCCGCGCACCCGCUCAUCAAGACGGGCGACGCCGACGAGCCGCUGCACCGUAUGUUUCUCCGGCGCUUCCUCAUGCCACUCAGGCGGUGGCUGAAUGGGGUGGGGCCGGUUGGUGGGGCGACGGGAGGAGGCGGGGGUGGGGGUGCUAGCGAAUCAGCUGGCGGUGAAGACGCCGGCGAAGGCGAGAGCAAGCCCUUAGGCAGCAAGGGCGGCCGCCUCGCACUGCUCAUUCCGAGCGUGCGCGACGCGCUGAGCAACCACUUGACGUUCCCGCAGGCGGAGCUUGCUGGGUUUGAGGCCUUUGAUGAGCGCAUCCGCUUCCUGCCCAAUCCCGCCCGCUUUGCCAUCAAUGGCGUCUCUUUCGCGGCGACGUCGGCGGAGACGGUGUUCCACUUGCAGGCAGAACGCCUCCUCAAGCGCGGCGCAGGACCUCCAGAGUCGGGCGAUCCUGUGGCAAAUCUGUAUCGGGUGAUGCUAGAGCAGAGAAGCUUCUAUCCCCUCUUCCCUGGACUGCACCCUGGAGACGUACAUCUCGACGUCGCGCAUCUGAGUGGGCUGACGAUUGGGACGACGGACUCGCCGGAGAAAACGAAGCCCAAUGGUGCAGGCAAGUCCGAGAGCGAGAGCGUCAAGGUUCAAUCAGGCGACGGGGAACCUCGCCCUUGGGAGCAAACUGCGCCGGACGUGCUCAUCGUGCCGACGAGGUUGAAGGAGAUGGCGAAGCGUGUCAGCACGAUGUACCCAGAACUCUCCGCGGCUGCUCCCACGAGCUCAUACACGACACUGGCGGUAAACCCGUCAUAUGUUGCCAAGGGGCGACAUGCGGUCUUGCAGGUGAACCCAGGGGCGACGGGUGAGGGGAGGGUACAGGGAGAGGUGAAGACACAUUGAGGAUUGUAAUUAUGAGUAGAGUAGAGUUGGAAGAAUCAGUCAAGCGACCAGCACAUUGUUCUUGUGUCUGCAGUCUAUCCCGAGCAU